AUUCAGUCAACGUCGCCAAGUCGUAACAAAGGGUUUACGCGCCAUUCAAAGAACUGAGUUUACCUUCUACCUAGCGAGUUAACGCAUCUUAAUCUUCGACUGUAAACUCGAGUUAAAUCGAUAGCCGGGUUUAGGAUGAAAAAGGAAACGAAGCGACUGUUAAUUCGGGGGAUUCUUUUCGUGCUUUAUUUAACAUUAGGCAUGGUGGUUUUUAGACAACUCGAAUCCCACAACGAACAACUUGGUAUACGGAAGGCGAAGAGAGCUAUAGAAGACAUGUUGGUUAAGUACAACAUAAGCCAUCAAGAGAUGAAAGAAUUCGUUGAAAUUAUAACCGAGGCAGAAAGUUGGGGCUUCACAAGUGGAUGGUUAGAAAAAUGGAGCUUUAUCGGAUCACUUUUCUUCUCCGGAACUGUCAUCACAACAAUCGGUGAGAAUAUUUUUUUUUAAAUAUAUAUAAUAGCUUAUUGCUUAUAAUCUGAUGCCGUGAGCGAUGAAAACUCACUUUAAAAAAAAGUUUAAACUGGACAAAAGCCAUAAAGUAAACUACACUUAUUUCAUGACAAGUCGGUUAUACCAUUAUUUCAUUUGGAAGAGACAUUUUCUUUCAUAUUACUAUCGAGUCUAAAACGCCGGUAAAAUGAGACAACCUAUUUUUCCAUAAAAACAUUUUUUUUCUUUGAUCGAAUUAGUUUUUGAAUUGGCAUAUUAUGAGAAAAGCAAUAAUUUUCCUUCCUCAAGACUAAAUGAGAGUACUAAAUGGUUGGGGAAGUCAAUGUUUUGUCUUAGUGAAAUGGCCUUUUACAUAUUGCGAAUAUUUAAAUAAACUUUUCUUUUAUUACAAUUAAUAAAAAAAAGGGAUUGUAAUCGAAAUUAUGUAGGCGAAAAGCUUCGCGCAAAAAAAAAGCAGUCGAGUUGUUUUGGGAUCAAGCAGCGAUUAAUCGCGGUAGUCUGUUAUACAAGAGAAAUCAUGUGUUAUGUUUUAAAGAUCUUAAGUCAAAUUCAAAUUAGCACGUGGCAAAAGUUAGGUCAAGGAACUGUAAAUAAUAACACGAGAGAUGGGCAUAAAUUAAUGACAAAAGCGCGUGAAAUAUUUGUGUAUGAAUGACAAUAUUUCUCUACGCUGUUCAAACACCAGUUCAUUUUAAAACGUUCUCCAUUAAUCAUUUUAAGUUUGCACUUACAAAGUUGUUAGGGCUGUCUAAUUACAAGCGCAAAGUUGAAAUUUGUUCAAGUUUAUUCCUGACGCUAUAUUUGUAACGCCCUCUGCUUUGACCUCAAUUCUUUUGCGGGAUUUUAACACUUUUCUAAAUGCUUUUUAAAUUCAUCCUUGCUUUCAUUAAUUAUUGAAAAGAACUGAAACGAUGUACACCUGUUUGAGCAACCAAUGUUUUUAUUUUUUUUCACAAAUCAUCUAAGACAAUACUUUUUUUGAGUUUUCUUUUAAAGUAAUCAUCACCUAAGAAAAAUAGUUCUAUUUUGAUUCUUUUCUUCCAAUAUUUACACGUUGCAUGAUGCAUGAUUAUGCUAAUCCCUUACAAAUGGCUCCCAUACGAUCGUACGAAUCCGUCCGAUUGCCUCCGUUUUUGAGUCGACUGGGAUGAUUCGGGCGGUCGUAUGGACAUUACGCACGUACCCGGUUCUAUUCGGAUGAUCGAGGUACUCGCAAACUGAUUCAUUGGUUGACGAUUGGCCUAAAUUCCAGAUAAUCAUCCUUGUCUCUUUAAUGAGCUCUAUUUGAAACGAUCGAAGAGUAUGGUCAAACUAAAUUCACAGAGGCAGUGCGUCUUAGCGCAUGUAAGUCUAGACAUUCUUGUAAGAAGCAAAUGCUAUCAGCAAUCAGAAAGGUUUUUUUAAUUUUACCGUUUUACACCAAAGCAUGAGGAAUAAAAUGGCGCGAGUGGGGCUGUGCAAAGCUGCACUGCUCUGUAUGUGGCCAUGCGACUCUGAUGCAAAAAUACAAGAAGGCAGAUUUGAAGGCGUCCGUAUGAUAGAAAGCUAAUCGAAUGAGAUUAAGAGAGCCAGACGGAAAGGUAUUUGGCUUUAGUAAAAAAGAUCUCGAGCAAAACCUGUUCCCAUCUGGCCCUCUUACUCAGUCAAAAAGUACAUGGUACAUCGCACGUUUCUUGAAUGUUUUGAUGGAAAGCCCACUAGACGCCUCAGGGAUGUCCACGCGAGCAAAACUAACAAUAUCCCCCUGGAAUCUCCGUAGAAGGUAGUGAUCUGAAAAUAACUGGAGGGGAAUAAUGAUUCUUAGGACGUCAACCUAUGAGCUUUAUCUUAUCUUCGUUAGAUGCGAUCAAUAAAUGGAAUCUAACCGUUUGUCUCCGAUAUUCUUUUUAUAUGCAUUGCGAGGUUUCGACUGCGUGCUGCCUUUUUCAGCCAGUAAGGUUGACUGGGUACGCGUCACACCGUGAAACAUUUAAUUCCACAGUGACUGGCUCGAUUUUUAAAGCUCUGAUUAGCGCAUUUCGAAGAUGAGUUUUCACACAGAUCGGCUGUCUCACAGCUCUUCUCCUAUCUUGUUCCUUGGGCAUCCACGCCUCUCGUCCCAUUCCACUCUCCUUGUUUAAGUUUGUGAAUAAUGAUUAUCUGAUAUUCUAUAUUUCUCUUACUGGAUAGGUUAUGGACAUUUCGCUCCAAGAACGUUAUCAGGUCGUCUGUUCUGCAUGGCAUACGCUUUUUUUGGUAUACCGAUCACGUGGUUAAUGCUGACGUCAUUAGGUCGAAAAAUCGUGGAGCACAUUGGCUUGGCACUGCAGAACAGAGAAUGCAAACCGGAAAGCAAGCUGUUCAGCCUGUUUUGUCUGCUUGUUGCUAUACUGCUGGCAGCCGUUGUUAUGGGCAUCAUCGCCAUAGUGGGAAUGUUUGCAGAGGACUGGACAUUCUUCGAAGGAAUAUAUUUCGCUUUCAUAAGUUUAACCACCAUCGGAUUUGGCGACUAUGUUCCCAUGCAUCCAAAGUUUGAUCCUGAAGAUGCAGAGCGAUCUUCGUUCGUGAUCUCUUUGUUUGUUUUAUUUUGUCUUCUGUUGUUUUCCUUCGGGCUUGCUGUCAACACUAGUGUUCUCUUAUCGAUACGAAAAAUCAUGGAAGAUAAAGCAAUUUUUGGUUUUCAAUCGCUAUACAGUACGGAUACUGACGGAGAGACAGACGUUGAAGAGGAAGUAACAAGAAUAACAAGAUUAGAAUGACUUGGACUUUAUUAAGUUAUUAUUUUAACAAAAAGGGAGAGUUAAGUAAGUUAAACAGGCAAAAAUAACUCAUCAAAUGCCAGACCCCUCAUCACUUUAAAAUAAUUUCAAACUCAAAUAAUGUGAUUUCUUGGAGAAAGAAAUGCACUUAACUCGCGUUUUGCUUGAACGUUUGGGCCGAGAUUCUCUAAAGAUCUCCGUAAAGCGAAGCUGACGAAGAAAUCAUUUCUUUAUUGAACAACUUAAAAAGAAUUUCCUUCGAUUUAAAGCCUCAGAUGAAGCUUAAUCCUAUCUCGUAAAAAGAUAAUCAGGGAUAAAAUAUCUCAGUACCCUGAAAAAUAAAAACCGACCCACAAGGAUUUAGCGGCAUGCGGAGAUGUUCCCUGAAGACAACAAGACAGCAAAUACAAUAAGUUACCUGCGGAACCAGAUUCCGACCAUCUAUAUUAAAAUAAGUUGAGC